AUGGCGGCCGAAGUUGUCAUGCGGGCGCUCUCCGCGACGAGGACCGUCGUCCGGUGGGUGGCGCUGCUGCUGCUGCUGCAGUGCCUGGGCAGCCACCCCUCCUUCGCCGCGGCCGAAGAAGACAAAUACGUGAGGGUUAAAAUCAAGAAAUAUUUCAGCUUGCCCUAUUCAGCGUUUGAAAAUUAUGGACGUUUGGUGUAUUGGGGCUCGUCGUCAGCAAGCUGUAAAUCUGAAGGAGGCCUCCUUACUGCGGAUCAAACACUUGCUGCGCAUGAGUCCAUCACAGAUUACUUGAGACAGAUGGGAGACGUUGCCAAUAAGGAGGUAUUCACGUACAUGGGCGGUGACGCCGUGUACAGCGCCAGGUGGCCGGAAAACCCCGACAAGAAGUGUGGUCGAGAAGUUGCCAAGGCAUCGUUGAACUGCAUUUUUGAGUGGAAUCAGGGCGAGUUUGUGGGCACGGUGAUGGGAUAUUAUGGUGCUCCGUUUUUCAGAGGUUCACUGCACUCCCUCGCUGGCGCAGGCCCAAUGAACGGGUACGAGUCCUACUGGCACGAUGGUUACCCUGCGCACGGCCAAUUGUAUUUAAUAUCUCGCCUGGAUAUGACGAAGGAAGAUGUGAACGCAACGUGGUACGACGGGACAGACCAUGCUUACAUGGACCCUGAUAUGCCUUUUGCGGCAUUCAGCAUUGUCUGUGAGGCGCAAGACGAACUCAUAACGACGACAACGACAACGACGACGACGGAGGCCCCGACAACGACAACGACGACGGAGGCUCCGACAACGACAACGACGACGGAGGCCCCGACAACGACAACGACGACGACGACGGAGGCUCCGAACGCGACGACGACCACGACGACGUUGCCGCCGGAGGUGGUGGUGUCGUGGGCACAGAAGCACUGUUACGCCAUUCUUGCCGUGUUGCUGCCGCUUGUCGCUCUGCUUGCACUAAUUAUUAUCAUCAUGUGCUGUUGUUGUCGCCGUCUCAGCGAUGAUCAAUCCACGGGGGCGGUGCCCAUGGAAUUGCAGGAGGUGAACGACAAAACCUUGUAUGAAGCCCAAAAGGGGCGGCGAGGAGGCCCGGGUGUGUCCGAGGACCCCGUUGUUUCCGCGUUUUCUCCCCGUGAGCAGCAGAAUGUGUUGCAGCGAAAUUCCUGGAUUGUGCCUUCGCAACCUGCGGUGCCCUUUGAAUCCUCGCCACUCCUACCACCCGCAGAAGAUACUUCCCAGCCGUUGAGGCAGCCCAGACGCCAUGGUCAGAGGCGCGUUGCAUCGGGUACGUUUGCAAGUGUGGAGUUUCCAAGGGGCGAUGAGAUUGUUGAAGGC